CCAUUCAAUAGGUGUUGUCAGCCAAUCUACUAACGCCAUGUGCAUAGACAGCGGUGUUCAGCGCAUAAAGGAAUGACUUGCGCAUCCACUCUCGGCUCCGCAACUCUGUUGGCGCGUCGCUUGAUCCUAUAGACCAUAAAUGGCUUCGAGAACCGCGCGCGCUGAAGGUUAAUGGUCUCGAACAGCGGUGGGCUCGUAUCGUCAAUAACCCGGUUUGGUGUUCGAAGCGGUUUGAAACAGCUAGUGCGGAUCUGAUUCUUGCUGCUCAACGGGAGAACUUCGUAGUAGAAGAUUCUCGUCUCGAGUCAUGGGCGGCUCGGGUUCUGUGGGAGUCCCAUUUGGCGCAAUACAGUGCAGAAUAUUUUGAAGCAGCUGCAACGCACUUAAAAUGAUGAUCGCCCUAUCGAUCAACCAACCCUCCCUGUUGCACUAGAGUAUGUCCAACAACCAGGUUGCGCUCCCGACAGAGCCGGGAUUUGAGGACGGUGCUGUACAAGAGGUACCGUCGGGGCCGUCCGACACGCAAGUCGACCACGAGCCUGCAGGAGACCAUCCGGUCGGGGACACCCCUCUUCCUAAACUCCAGCUCUUCAUCCUACUGUAUAUACAACUUGCGGAGCCGAUCACGUCGACAGUCAUCAAUCCGUUCGUCAACCAGCUCGUCCGGAAGACAGGUAUCACGGGUGGCGAUGAUGAUAAAACUGGUUACUUCGCCGGACUCAUAGAAUCGGCUUUCUAUGCCACUGAAGCGAUCUGUGUGCUGCAGUGGGGGCGCGCUUCCGAUCGUCUUGGCCGGAGGCCUAUCAUGAUGUCCGGGCUUCUAGGCCUUACGCUCUCGAUGCUAGGCUUCGGCUUGUCAAAGACGUAUUGGGCCCUUGUCUUGGCUCGUUGUGCCGAGGGCGCUCUCAACGGGAACGUAGGCGUUACGAAGAGUAUGAUGGCCGAGAUUACGGACGAAACCAACAGAGACAGAGGUUUUGCGUUCAUGCCCAUGAUAUGGAGCCUAGGCAGUACGCUCGGACCUACUAUCGGAGGCAUCUUCUCAACGCCUGCCUCGCGUUGGCCAUCCGUAUUUCACGCCGAGUUUUGGGAAAUGUACCCGUACUUUCUACCGUGCAUGAUAGCCGCUUGCAUCUCGAUGAGCGCGUUCCUCUUGGCAUUGUGUGGAUUGAAGGAGACUCUGCCAAAGACGAAGCGGCGACGUGUUACCAAAAACCCUACCAGAGCUCGGGAGCAGACUGCGCCACUAGAGUCCAGCGGGAUCCAGCUUGAAGAACAAGACGCCAUUCAACUUGUUGAGCGAUCGGGGCCCACGGCUACGAGGGCCACUCCAUCUGCUUCCCCGGCCGCCGAAAAGGACGAAUCAAAAAGCGAAGCGAUCGUUACCUGGUCACCAAUCGAGCCAGGGACGGCAGUGUACGAGCCUGUCGCCGAGACAGUGGCUGUUACUAUCCGAUCUAUCCUCACCGCUCAAGUCCUCUACCCUAUCAUGAACUACGGCUUCUUGGCUUUCACAGAUCAGAGUAUGGUUGUCCUACUUCCUCUCAUGUAUUCCACCGCCAUAGGAGGCGGCGGUCUUGGUUUCAGCUCCUUCAACAUCGGAAUCAUACAAGGCGUCACUGGGAUCCUUGCCGGCCUCGUACAGAUUUUCACCUUUCCGUGGUUUCGUCGUAGGUUCGGCAACAGGAGCUUAUACGUGGCCUCUUAUGCUUGGUACCUUGUUUGUGUGUGCGCGUUCCCCCUCCUUGCAUUCCUCGCAAAACGUGCUGGGAAAGCAGGUACUGCUGUCUGGGCGGUCAUCGUUAUCCAGAACAUAGCAUAUGCCGCGACCAAUAUGACCUGGGGUUGCAUUUUCAUGUAUAUCAGCGAAUCCGCGCCUACGCGAUCAGCACUGGGGCUCACAAACGGACUGGCGCAAACCACAGCAUCUGUAGUACGCGCUCUGGCGCCCUCCGUCGCAUCGUCGCUGUUUGCCGCCACUAUACAAGACAACAUAGCCAACGGGACUUUCGUGUACUGGUUGUUAUGUGCCGUCAUCGUUGGCGGUCUUUGUGCAUCUGUUUUACUACCGAAGCGAACAUGAUGAAUCUUGCAGGCUUCCAGGGGUUCAUGCAGUGG